AUGCGGUCGACAACGAGAUCCGCCCUGCUGCUGCUGGCAGGCGCAGCAGCCCUGGAGCUCGUCCCUACGGUCCUCGCUCAUGGCAUGGACAUGGACAUGGGCGGCGAGAUGGACAUGAGCCAGGAGGAGCCCAAGCCGGACCCCGAGUCCUACGCUCCCAACUACUUUGCGCAUCCCGAGCAUAAGGCGGCGAUCUAUGCCCAUAUCGCCCUCAUGAUCAUCGGCUGGGUGUUUAUGCUGCCCGUUUCCGUCAUGUUCUCCCUUGCGCGCUCGCGAUACACGCUGCUGUCGCAAUUCGUCUUCCUCGCCACCAACGCCGUCGGUCUGCUCAUCGGCAUGAUCUACAACGGCAACACCCCCGACCUGUACCCCAACAACGCGCACCACAAGCUCGGCUGGGUCGUCACCUGGACCGUCUGCGCCCAGGCUCUGGUCAGCCUGCUGGGCCGGGUCUCGGGCGCCUUCAAUGCCUCGGCCGACAAGGCCAAGCACGCCGACGAGCGCCACCAGUUCAUCCCCGUCUCGACAAACGCCAUGGAGGAGCACGACAACCACCACCCCAGCCCGUACCGCUUCUCCAACGACAGCGGGCAGGGCACCGAGCCCCGGACCGAGUCGCUGCGGAGCGGCUCGCUCUCGUCGCACAGCCAGGAGUCCAUCCCCCUCCGCGACGUGAACAAGGAGUUCGAGGAGGACGACCUCGAGGCCGCGGACCUGCCGGCUCCCCUGCGCUCCGGCCGCGCGCACUCGGUCGCCGCAAAGAUCGCCGCCAAGAUCUCGUCGCGCGUCUGGAAGCCGCUGAUCCUGGCCUACAACAUCGUCGACCGGGUGAUCCUGCCUCUGGCUUUCAUCACGAUUUGCACCGGCAUCAUCACUUUCGGCCGUCUCUUUGAGGGCGGUGCGAUUUUCAGCGGCCUGGCGCAUUGGAUCAAGGGCGGCGUCUUCUUCUGGCUGGGUCUUUUCACACUCGGACGUUGGGCUGGUGCCUUUGGCGAACUGGGUUGGGCUUGGAACGUCCGCCCCCGGACUGCCCGGCAGAAGUGGAGACCCUCUGCCGAGUUCGUCGAGAGCUUCCUCAUCUUCUUCUACGGCUCGACCAACAUCUUCCUGGAGCACCUUGCCAACGCCGGCGGCGAGUGGAGCCCUCAGGACUUGGAGCACAUCUCCAUCACCGUCCUUUUCAUCGGCGGUGGUCUGAUGGGAAUGCUCGUCGAGUCCACCCGCAUCCGGAGCCUGCUCAACACGACCGUCGCCGAGGCGGUCAUCGACAGCCCCGAGCACGUCUACCGCGACGAGGAGCUGCACCUGCUCGAGCAGCCCGAGACGUACAAGUUCUCCAUCAACCCCAUCCCGGCGCUCGUCAUCCUGCUCACGGGCAUCAUGAUGUCGUCGCACACGCAGCCCAGCAUGAUCUCGACCAUGGUCCACAGGCAGUGGGGCAACCUGCUGUCGGCCGCCUCGUUCGCCCGCGGCUUCACCUACCUCGUCAUGUUCCUCAAGCCGCCCAAGUCGGUGCUGCCCUCGCGCCCGCCCACCGAGCUUCUCGCUGCCUUUGGUCUGAUCUCCGGGGGCGUCAUCUUCAUGGCCAGCGCCUCGGACACCGUCGAAGGCAUGAUCCACUACGACAUGGACGCCAUGUUCAUCUACACCGUCACCAUGGGUCUCGUCGGCCUGCUCAUGGCCUGGGAGGUGCUCUGCAUCGCCCUCAAGGGCUGGGCCGUGCGCAAGGAGGCUGGCAGACCUGCUGGCUCCUACCGCAUUGCGUGA